AUGGCAUGUUGGUUAAGGAGGAAUCUACUGUUGAUGCUAACGAUCGUCUCUGUAUUAAUGGGUAUUCUACUGGGUUUUAUUGGACGACUAUUCAAUGUGACACUUCAAUCUAUAGUAAUGGUCAGCUUUCCGGGAGAAAUAUUGAUGCGUAUGUUGAAACUAAUGAUUCUACCCCUUAUUGUCAGCUCGCUCAUUUCAGGACUGUCUCAGUUAGAUGCGAAACAGUCCGGUCGCUUGGGUUUCCUCGCAAUAUUUUAUUAUGUUGCUACAACUGUUAUCGCUGUUGUCACGGGCAUAUUCCUGGUAUUAACAAUACAUCCCGGUGAUCCAACAAUCAAACAUGAUAUUGGUGAAGGUACAGAAGCAAAAACAGUCAGUACCCUCGAAACAUUCCUCGAUUUAUUGAGGAAUACAUUUCCGGAAAAUAUUGUACAAGCAACAUUCCAACAAGUACAAACCAAAUAUAUCCCGGCAUUCGCAAACGGUUCUCUUACUAUUAUGAAACCAUCGGUUGAAUAUACCGCCGGCAUGAAUGUUCUUGGUGUAAUAGUAUUUUGCAUUUCCUUUGGGAUAGUACUAAGUCAAAUGGGUGAACAGGCUCAAACUAUGGUUGAUUUCUUCUCUAUAAUGGAUCAAGUGAUUAUGAAACUUGUCAUGCUUAUCAUGUGGUAUUCACCAAUUGGAAUAAUGUGUUUGAUAACGGGGAAAAUUCUGGAAAUUGAUGAUCUCGCGAAUAUGGCUCGAAUGCUGGCAAUGUAUGUGGUGACGGUACUGCUAGGACUUAUCAUUCAUGCACUAAUCAGCUUACCAGUGUUGUUCUUUAUCUGUACCAAGAAGAAUCCAUUCACUUAUAUGCGCGGUUUGUUACAAGCAUGGGUUACCGCCCUUGGAACUGCUUCAAGUUCGGCAACUCUUCCUAUUACAUUCAAAUGUUUGGAAGAGAAUUUGGGAAUCGAUCGACGAGUCACCAGAUUUGUACUACCCGUUGGAGCGACCAUCAAUAUGGAUGGUACAGCACUGUACGAAGCAGUAGCAGCUAUUUUCAUUGCCCAAACAAAUGGAGUUGAUCUGUCCUUUGGUCAAGUUGUUACCAUUAGUUUGACAGCAACAUUGGCAUCGAUAGGCGCAGCAUCAGUACCAUCAGCUGGCCUGGUUACAAUGUUAAUUGUUUUAACAGCGGUUGGUUUACCUGUAAAGGAUGUCUCCUUGAUUGUGGCCGUAGAUUGGCUUUUAGACCGCAUCCGGACAUCAAUUAAUGUACUAGGUGAUGCAUUUGGAGCUGGAAUUGUCCAUCAUUUCAGUCGGAAACAAUUAGCGAUAAUUGAUGCCGAACGCCGAUUGUCGCACCAAACACAUGAUGAACACGGACAAUUGUUGGCAAGUUCAAAACAUGGGAAUGGUCCAGCAUGGACAAAAGAUCCGCAUGGCUACAGAUCAGUACCAACAGAAUAG